CCGCCUCUCGCCCACAGAUUGAUGGCGCCAUUGGCGGGGUUACCUGUACAGUACCUGGAUUCCGGCAUUGCCACACGCGCGGAAUUAAGUACUCCCAGGUAUGUAGGUGGAACUCGGCACCUCCUACAUGUUAAUUAUUGAAUUGUUUUAAAAAAAAACUCGACCUGUUCCCUGCUCUGACGACGAGUAGAUUAUUUCCGGUUGGGUUUACUUUAUAUAGGGUAGGUAUAUACUCUAUUGUGUGCUACAUUAAGUCGUUCACACUCUUCUGCGGCCUCUAACUACUGUUCUGCUAGUCAAGCUCAUUAACUCCGCUACUCUCCUUUCAACCAAAGAGAGAAUAAUCAAAAUGUCAACUGUAUAUAUUUAUCUACGUGCAUCCGCUCUAAAACGAGAACAAAUUGGUUAGAAUCAGGAUAGUGGAUAACACCCAAUAACAGUUGCAGGCUCGCAGACAUCGCAGAGAGACAGCGGUCAAGCUAGCUACAAUAAUCUGCAAACAGCCAUGCUCCAAGUAAUUUGAUAUCUGCCAUAUCCCAUUGGCCCAGGCGCCAACUGGAAAGGAUAUCCGGCAACGAUCGAGGCGCCUGCAGUGACAAAUAAUCGCUCGGUGGAACCACGCAUCUGGAUAGCGCAUUCUUCAUUCAUACGAAUCAAACUUCAUGCAAAGCACAUAGGCUAAGAAGAGGCAUCAAGUGUGGCAUUUGGCCAAUUACCCAAGACUAGCCUAUCGCUGCUGGACAUAAAGGAGCUUCUCCCUACCGGAGGAUGCUAUGAUCUUCCGCCUCCCCUCCUACGCUCCUGGCCAUCCGAUGACCCCACUAGAUUUUCAACGACGAGGCUGAAUCUACCCAAAACUAUCGAGCUGAAAGCCCAUUUAGCUAAUGAUAUUUGCUGGGUGAAGCUAAUAUUCUUCUUAGAAGAUCUUAUUUGACCUCUCCUACCCCUGCGCUGUUGGGCCCGGAACAUUUUUUAAUAAUAAAGGAAAGGAAGAAACUGGAAAAGAAAAUGGCCGAGCUUUUCAUCGCCAUCUAUCAGCCCCGGAACCAGAUCUUGGGAACCUAUCACUGGGCCCUGUAUCUCCAAAUUAGCUCAACAGAGCACAUCAUAUUCCAAAUCGUCGGUGAGCCGUGCGACUUCAAAUACGACGAGCGCUCUGAGCCUCUUGAAGAUAGUACCCACCAUAUAGAGAACAUCCGAGUCGCGGAGAUCGAUCAUGUUGAUCACUUUUGCCAACUAGUCAGGGACCAAAAGAUCGAGAAUGAAAUGUACCACUGGGGUUGCCAGCAGUGGGUCCUGGAUGUGUUGGAGAGCUUGGUUGAAGAUGAUCUUCUUACUGACUAUGACCAUGAUGAGGCUAAGCUCAAGCUGGACCCGCUGUUUGGAGUCCGGGUUGAGGAUGAGUACGAGGCCUAGACGGCGAGUGUUGUGCUGAAAGCCUCCAACAAAUACGAGCGGAGGGUCUGAGUUGAGGAGUAUCUUCGGAGAGAUCAAGGGUGAAUGGGCAAUAGGAGGGGGGGCGAUAAGAAAUGGUCAGGUGGGGUGUCAUAGAAGUUAAGUUCUUUUUAGGUGCAGGAGUAAGAAAUGUUGUCAGUUAUGCCACACAAUUGUCAAUCAAGCAACCAAUAACAUAUCUUCAAACUAUUUCCCCAUCGCCUUCAGAGGCAGGAAGAAGGGCCAAUCACCCAAGCGUAUUGAGUGAACAGUGUUAAGAGACUUGACAAACUCCCAGUACUCUGGAUAUGCACCGCCAACCUCCCAGUCUAUCAGGCCAGUUAUCCGAAUCCCUCCUCUUUCCUCAUCAUUAAUAGCCAGGAUAUUGCGAGGGUGCAGGUCACCAUGAGUAAGGAUCAACACGUUGAUUCUCAGGAAGCAUGGGUCUGAUGAACUCAACAUAUGGUUCCGUGCUAGAUCGGCUAUUCCCAGAGAGAAGCAACUCUUGCGCUUCCACAUUCUGCAGUCAAUGCACUGUGGUGGAUUGCCACCACCCAGAUAUUUAGAUGGUAAAGGUAGUGACCGGAGAUUCUCAAAUCUGGCAUCCAAUUGGUCUUGGAUAGAGAAUCUAUCAGUACUUGAGAGAUCUGGCCAAAGUUUGUCCAGGUAACGGCCCUCAAUGGGGUUCAUGAAUGCAUAGACCUUUCCGCCAAGACAGAGCAUGUCAAGAGGCUGGGGAACUGGAAUGUCCGCAGCAUGCUUUCGGAUUGGGGCAGUUAUGUUUGUAUCAGUUAAAGAUAUAUUAGAUCCAAGCCUCACAAUGAGAUGUUCAUCAAGCUGCA